AUGGAUAAAUUCAGCAUGGAUGAGAAAACCCUUGAUCUCCAUAUCUUCACUCCUGAAGAACCUAAAUUGGGUCCAUACACCUACCUAAAUAUCAAUUACCUUCCUCAUCUUGCUUCUCACAUCAUGCACAAGAUAUCUCAUAAAGAAUUUUGCUCACUUAUUGAGUUCGAACUGCAAACCUACUUACUAGAGCUAGCAAUCUUGCCCCAGAGAAGCAAGACACUAAGGGAAUUAACAAGUUUUGUAAUCAUGGAGAUGAGACUCAGUUCUAAGUUUUGGAUCCAUGGAAGUGAAGCUUGGAAUGAAGUGCAACUGCGUUUAAAGUUGCUGCACACUCUGGAACCAAAUUGUACUCAGGAAUAAGUGAAAAAGAGUGGAGGCAAGAAAUCGUUAUCAGAAAUACUUUAAGAUGCUCAAGCCCUCAGAAAAUACUUGGCCUCUUUGGACUUUUCCAAGGUGGAUUACAAGAGUGAAUUCCUGAAGAUUCCUGAAGUGAUAGCCUUGGUCUCAGAAUAUGAUCAAGCUAAUUCUCAAAACAAACAGUUAUAGGCCAUAGACUCCUACAAUGAAAUCAUUCAAUCCCUUGUGGAGUGCAAACAAAGAAAAUAUCAAUUGAAAUUGCAAUAACAAAUUGAUCAUGUGAAGAAUUAGCCUGUUGAUCCAAUGAGCAGAGUCACUUAUGUUCAAAAUAAAGAGACCAGAUCUGCUAAGACUGAUCAGGUUUCAUAUAGAGAUAAGAGGGCUCUGCUUAAGGAAUAGUAAAAGCAGGAUGUUGAUGAAAGAAGAACUAUAUUUGUGCCAAAUCAGGUGUACUCCUAUUCAAAGAUUGAUUUGGUGAUUCUGCCCUACAUAUACAGGUUCAUCUUUGGAGAUAGUAUUGAAUUCACACCAUAACAUUUGAGAAUUCAGAAUUUAGUAUUGUAUUUGUGUUUGAGUGAUCAGGAGAAUUAUAAGUAGAAUAAAUAGAAAAAGAACAUCAUCUUAGAUGAUUCUGCUGAAUCCAAGACAUCCAUUAAGUUGUUUUAGAAAUAUCUGGAUCAAUCAAAGGAUAAAUUGAUGACUGAUUUUGAUUAGUACUGCAAAAAUCAGAAUAUCAGUUUAAAGAAUUACUUUUCCAGCACUCCUGCUAGUUAUAGGAAGGAAUUACUCCUAAUCAGAAACAUCCUUAUCUUGUCACUCAGAUUUGCCUAAUAAAUCUUAGGAAUUGAUUACAAAUUUGAGGAUCAGAAAAUCGAUUAGUUGGAAUAUGAGGAGGAGGAGAAGAACGAUAAAUCUAAUAGUGCUUAUUAAAGAUGGAACAAGGCUGAUAUGUAGAAUGAAUACUACUAUUUUAAUGUGCUUGCACAAUUAGAAUUGUAUUAUGAUAUUCCUUUUGAUUAAUAUGACGACAUACUCAGAGUCUACAAGAACUACAUCGAAAUUGUAUAUACUUCCAAAAAGGAACAUUUCAAGGAGUACUUUGGAAUCCUCAAAACCAAUAAGGAUGGCCUCUUAGGAUUGAAAUCUUCUAUGGAGUAAGUCAAUUCUGCUAUCGAUGAGUAUGUAAAUUAUAUUAAUGCUCCUAAAACUCAGUAGAAGAGAUCCUACAUAUAUCAUAGUGAUAAUAGGGAGGAAUGGAAGGAAGAAUAAUAUAAAUAGUUCUUGGAGGGACUGCACAAAUAUUUUGAAAUUGUAGUUAAUAAUAAGAAGAUUGCCAAGUUUAUGGGUGAUGUCAACCCCAAUCAUGUCAGAUUCAUUAAAGGAUAGUAUUUGAGGGGGUUGAAGAAGAGAGCAAAGGAAAAGAAUAUUAACAGAAAGGAGUUGUUAAAAUAGGAUAUAGAAAACUUUGAUAUUUCAAUUUUUGAGAAGAAAUGA